AUGUCUGACUUAAGCUCUGACGUCGGAAAACAUCGAGCUUGGCGAAAAUUAGGAGUAUUUCUGUGCAUUAUUGGCAUUAUACUCGAGGCUUUGUUCCUCGGAAAUAUAUUCAAGUGGGCAGAUAAAAAGAUCAUAACAAGCGAAUACAACUCAGUAGUCCGCAGUAAGUACAUGAUGAGUGUUACACAGGAUAAGGAUCACGAACUGGAGUACAGCGACCAAGGAUUCAUGUCCGGGGUUUAUUACUCAAACUGGUCACCAUACAAAGCCAGAAAUCAUUUCCCCCACGACAUUGACUUUAGGCAAGUUACACAUGUAUUUUAUUCGUUUUUUGUGGUGGAUGCAGACUCUGGAGAGUGCCGCUCUAGCGAUGAGUGGUCUGAUUCUCAAAUGGAUGUUUACAAACAGAUGAUGUUCAGUUUCCAAGAAAUGAACUUCACAAAAACGUAUAAAGAUCAAGAUUUAGCAACACAAAGCAAGCUUCCCCUUGGAUGUCUUGGAGAGCUAUUUUACCUGAAGUAUUCAAAUUUCCUCGUUUCCCGUGGAGGUCCUGCUAAGGUUAAUAAUUUCAAAACACUCAUGUCUGUGGGGGGCUGGUCCAACCGCAGUGCCUUCAAAAGCCUUGCCGACAACCCCCAGAAACUUCAAAAAUUUCUGGAUUCCUGCAUCGAAAAUAUGUUCAAAUAUGGCGUUGAUGGGAUUGAUAUCGACUGGGAAUUUCCGGAAAACAAUUCACAGGAGCCCCAAAUCUACCUUGAAAUGAUGAAAUCGCUUCGUGAAAAACUUGACAAGCUGGAGAAUGCUAUAUUUGGCUCGGAGCAGCACAGCCAGCAUUUCCUUUUGACUACCGCAAUUUCUGCAGACCCUGUUAAUCUCGAGCAUUUGCCGCUCUCGGAGAUCGAACAGUCCGUAAACUACUUCAACUUGAUGGCAUAUGAUUUUAGUGGUAGUUGGUCAGAGCGCACUGCGUAUCAGAGCAACUUGUAUGACAUGGAUCUGAGAUCAAAGAGAGACCAUAGUGCUGACACCAGUGCUGAUCACACAGUCCAAAUGUUGAUGUCCAAGUUCAACGUGCCCUCCAGCAAAAUUAUUCUUGGAAUGCCAGCGUAUGGUCGCGGAUUCAAAAAAGUCUCUGCCCCUAAAGACAAUGAUAAUGUAGUCGUCAAUAUGAAGUUUCACGGUGUCAAAGGUACUUCUGAAGGAGAGGAUGGCAUUUCUCUUUACAAGACAUUGCCACCCAAUGGUUAUCAAGAACACUUUGAUCCCGAGGCAGUAUCUGCAUUUUGCAUCAAGAAAUCUCCGAUCAAGAGCAGCACAAAUCUUUUUGUGUACGAUAAUCCUGAUUCCAUGUCACUGAAAGCAAAAUACGUUUUGAGCCAUCAACUGGGGGGAGGAUUUUGGUGGGAGUCUUGUGGCGAAGAUUAUCGCAACAAAGACCGGUCACUGACAAGACGAUUUACUCAAGAACUUAAAAUUGUUAAAAAGGCGGAGCCAACAAUUUACCUUCUACCACAAGUAGCUCUCUUCUACCGUAAGACGUACCCAAACGGGUUUUUAACGCCCCUUUUGUCGCCAUAA